CGAUGCCCGCAAUUGUUAUAAAUGGGUGCGGGGUCCGGAAUCGGCACACUCCCCUGCGAGCCUCGUCCUGGACAAGUGCAUCCUCUCCCGCGGACCUCUCCCUCUCCGGCUCGUCUCCAGCAACAUGUUCGCAAAGGCGCUGGUACUAGCGGCCGCGGCCUGCGGCGCGCUCUCCUUCCCCCUGGAGUACCCGGGCGCCCUGUACUCGCAGUACCAUGCGCAGGACCAGCUGGGCCAGUACACCUUCGGCUACUCCGGGCCGGGCGCCACCAAGCACGAGACCAAGACGGCGGACGGCGUCACCCGCGGUUCGUACUCGUACGUCGACGCCAACGGUCAGCUGCAGACACGGACCUACACGGCGGACGACGUCCACGGAUUCCGCGUGGCCGCUAGCGACCUCCCCGUUGGCCCCUCCUCCGCGUCCUACCCAUCGUACCAGUCCGCCCAGCUGCCGUCCGCGCAGCUGCCGUCCUGGCAGCACGCUGCCCCCGCCAGAUACACCCCUUCGAGCCUGGCCAGGCCCAUCCAGGACACCCCGGAGGUGGCCGCCGCCAAGGCCCAGCACCUGGCCGCCGUCGAGGAGGCCAAGAGGAGAAACGGCGUCGCAUCAGACAGCAGCUCCCAGUACUUCGGCUCGUCGGCAAACUACCCUCUGGAGCACCGCUACCUCAGCGCACCCGUCGCCCCCUACAACUACCAGAGCGGAGCCCCUCUGAUGACGCUGCCCAUCGGGAUCAGCUCGCAGUACCACGCCCAGGACGAGCUGGGACAGUACAGCUUCGGCUACGCCAAUGACAUCUCCUCCAAGAGCGAGACCAAGACCCUGGACGGCGUGACCCGCGGCAGCUACUCGUACCUGGACCCCAACGGCCAGAUGCAGACGCGCAGCUACAUCGCGGACGCGGGUGGCUUCCGAGUGGCGGCCUCCGACCUGCCGCAGUUCAACUACUGAAGCGCUCGACUCGACCCCCGCCUGGACCCCCUCCCACCUAUAAAAAAAACCCAGAUGAUUGCAGUUCGGACGAGUUCGGACGAUGGGGGAAACAUACGAAUUUCCUCCGCCAGCUCGACCGGGUGCCGACCUCAGGUGCUUCCGAACUUCCGAUCGACCCGCGCGAACUCCGUCGAAGCCCCUCUCGGCGCCUCAAUGCUGCACUCGCAUCACAAACACAGAUACAUGUGUGUACUCGCUCAAAACGAAUUACUCAAUUGAAAAUAAAUAUAAAUUAUAACGA